CAAAUAUUAUUCAAGAGCAUAUAUUGAUAUUACCAAAGUGUUGGAACGGGGUCUAUAAAAGACGAGCACUUUUCCCUGUUCGCAUAACAUCUCCAAAAUGAUGAAACUCGUGCUCACAUUUACCUUGUUGGCUGCUGUCCACAGCUAUUCGGUGGAAGUGUCUCCAUUUGCUGGAUUCACUGGGGAUAACAACGAGCCAUGCUACAGCACUCCUUCAAACGGCAAAGAUGGCGGCAUUUGCCUGCAAACUGAUUGCUGUGCUGGAGCGACCUACAUUUCCAACUUGUGUCCCGAUUAUCAGACUAAUGUGAAAUGCUGCUAUUCUUACAACUCCUGCAACUCAAAUACCGUGGCCUGUGCCUCGCAGAGCGUAGCCUGCGAAGUUUUGGGAAUGCACGAGAAGGGCCAGAUUAACUUGAAGGGAGAGCACUUUGACGCUAGUGGCAAUAAUCCAUAUGAUGGAGCAAGCGCCUUAUCCAACAUCCGCGAUACUUGCUAUGGCAAACACGCCAAGCUAUCCAGCUACGGAAAUGCUCCAGGAGGUACUGUUUGUCUGACAACGAAAAUGGUGACCAGCCUUCGUGAUUAUGCCCGUAACUACUACAACUCAAAUGGAAGAGCUAUUGAGGUAAAUGCUUUGGCUGGAUCUAGCCAUUCUGUCAACUCUUGGCAUUACGAAGGAAACACGUUUGAUGUUGGAUGCACUUACCCAACAAACCAUUGCUCCGCUCUGACUACAUGGUGUCGGAACCAAAACCCCGUCGAAAUAUGCUAUCCUGGAAGCUCAUGCGGAGGUCACGAAACUUGGGUCCACUGCGCCCAUUAGUUGAAAUCACAUCGGCAUCGGUUUGCCCAGAAGAACAUCAGCCAGUCUAUUGCUAUAGUAGAGUUAUGUUUAUCCAUUCCGCAAACUGUACUUAUCGACCGAAAUAUAAUUAUCCAAAUCUA